GCAACAAACAGCUAAAAAAAACUUGUUCAUUGCGGUCGGGGAAGAAAGGUUAUCGCUAAAAUAGAGUGCAUACUUCGACGUGAAACAUGUCCAUCACGAAAGUAACUUCCGAGGAUCAGUACAAGCAGCUGAUUGGCGCCUCCAAGGUGUCGGUUGUGCUGUUCUCCGCCGAAUGGGCCGAACAGUGUAAACAAAUCAGCGACGUGAUGACCGAGCUCGCCAAACAGGCGGAAUUUAAAUCGCUACAGUUCCUGGACGUGCCGGCGGAGGACCUUUCCGAGCUGUCGAUGCGCCACCAAAUCGACUCCGUUCCGACCGUUUUGUUUCUGCGCGCCGGCACGGCCGUUGAUCGUAUCGAUGGCGUCGAUGUGGGGAUGCUAACGCAGAAGGCGAAAAAGUAUGCCGGUAUGCCGACGACACCGAGCCCCGCCGGCGAUGGUGCGAGCAAUCUAGAGGAACGCCUGAAAGCCCUGAUCAACCGUUCGAAGGUAAUGAUAUUCAUGAAGGGCGACCGAAAUACGCCGCGCUGCGGAUUCUCGAAGCAACUGAUAGCGAUCGUGAACGAUACCGGCGUUGAAUACGACACGUUCGAUAUACUGACCGAUGAGGCUGUGCGACAAGGGCUGAAAACGUUCUCGAACUGGCCUACCUAUCCGCAAGUGUACGUGAGCGGCGAGCUUAUCGGCGGGCUGGACAUCAUCAAGGAGCUGCUGGAGGGUGGCGAACUGAAGGAAACGUUAAACCCGUAAUGCAGCAGAGUGGACACACGAUGGUUAUCGUUUUCGUUUGGUUAAUUUAUUAUUGCGUAAAUGCAGGCGCAAAACUCCCCAACGCUUAACUAAGGCGCGGUGUAAAGAUGGUUGUAUGAAACGCUACCCGGACGCGAAGGAAAUGUGAACCAAGAAAUUCCAGCAAAAUAAACCAAUCGGGUUUUUGGUUUUGCUUACAUGA